GGGAUGCUGAGUGUGGCGGAGGAUCGUGUGAUGUACUGUUUAUCGCUAUAGGAUUGUUUAGGACUUUAGGGUAUCGGGAGUGUCUGAGAGCUCGGCUCAGCCAUGGAUUUACAGAGCUGUGUGCAGUUGUUUGAAGCCCAUAUUCAGACAUAUAAAGGAGAUGAUCCCCUGGAUCUAUGGGAAAGGUAUGUGCAGUGGGCCGAACAGGCUCUACCACCACAAGAAAAAAGAAAUAUUUUGUGUUUAUUGGAACGGCUAGUAAAGAACUUUAUUGGAGACAAGAGAUAUUCCAGUGACGAAAGAUACCUUAAGCAUUGCUUUAAGUUUGCAGAAUCAAUGGCAGAUCCAACUCCUUUCUUUGAGUACAUGCAUAAUCAAGGAAUAGGUCAUCGCUCAGCACCGCUGUAUGUGAUCUGGGCUCAGCAGCUGGAAGCCAAAGGUGAUGUGCAGUCCGCAAACAAACUUUUCCAAAUGGGUUUUCAGCUGAAUGCAGAACCACGGGAUAUCCUGGAUCAUCACUACAGGGCUUUUCAGAUAAGGGUAUCUCAAAAUGUGGCAGAACGAGGUUCCUCUGUUGCACCCCUUAAGAAUUCGCAAGUUGUAAAUCAGAUAGUUCCCAAUACGGUGGACGUUGAUCAGGCCAAAUGUCAGAACCCUACAGGAAUUCAGAAUCCAUCCACAUGUAAAGAUGAACCAAAUGUUGAAAGGUAUGUGACCAUCUCCAAAUCUGCUGUGGUUCCUCAAUCGGCCCAGUCUUCUGGUGUGGAAUGCAAGCAGGUACCCAUGUACUGCAAGGAGAAGCUGAUUUGCGGAGACUCCGAGCUCUCAUUGGAGGAAUACAGAGCCAGUAUCUACAGGAAGAAACUUGAGCAGCGCCGAAAGAUGCAGCAAUUUGAGGAAGAAGAAAAGAAAUAUUUGAAGGUCCAGGAAGAGACUGCUUUACAUGAGCGAUUGCUAAAGCAAAAGAUGGAACAACUAAGCAGCUUGCUGCAUACUCAGAACAAGCCAGAAACCUUGGCACCAACAGUUUCAGAAGCACAGCAUGGGGCCUCACUAUUGUCUGAACCAGCCACAAUGAACUCUACAGGUUACCCAGCUCUUGGUGCAGGAAAUAUCUCCAUUGUACAUCAAGAAGAGAUGUCCACAUCUGGCCACCUGCGGCCCGUUGUCAUCUCUGCUCCACAUGUGAUUCAGCCCAUGCCAUCUCCUGCAGUGGCCUUUGAAAAUAGCCAGCUUGCUACUUCGAGAUUAGAUCAGAGUCUUAACAGAGUGCCUCCUCAUACUCAACCUCUGGGACAUCACAGCCAGUACUGUGCUCCUGUGACACCUGGGCAUGCCAUGUUAACCCAACCCUCAUCGGAGCAUGAUCGAUCUGCAGUAGCGUUUCCAGACGUUCCCAAACCACUGUGUCACAAUACUAGCGGCUCUCAUGGUCUAAAAGGCAUUCAAGGGAUAAAAGAAGUUGCAAACUCUUCUGGCAGUUUUGUAAAUGCAUCUCAUAUUACUCCAAACACUUCCCUGAGAAUGGCACAACCAACACCUUCUAAGGUGCUUCCUUCUCCCACUGUCAACACAAGAGAAGCCCUAGGGUUUAUAAUGGACAUAUUCCAGACCUCCACACUCCCCGAGAAUGAGGAUGAACAGGAUUUCUUUGAUCCACCUGAUAAGAGCGAGCAGGAUUUUGAAGUAUUUUGCCGCAAUGACAAUAAAGGCCCUCCUACUAUUGGUGGUUUCCUGGCAUUGGAGAAUGUUGCUCCUGCUUUACCCUCUGGCUUUUCCAUUUUUGAGGAUGAUGCGAACAAAGCACAUAAUGGGUUACCCCACAGUAAACCAGUUGAUGUGAAAACGUUUGGUGAGCGCCCUGUACUCGCACACUCCAAAUCUGUUGAUGAGGCCAGAGCGAGUGAAUCUCCUGGAGAAGACUGCACAGUGUGGGCUUCCCGUUGCAACAAAACUCUAGCACCAAGUCCAAAUAGUACUGGGGACUUCGCAAUGUCUGCUCGGCUUGCCUCUACGCCAGCCAUCAAGCUAGUUGAAAGAGUGUGCCAAAUCGUGGCGGAUAAAGAAAAUGCUGUGACAGACAAUGGUGGGCAUAUGAAUUUUGACAUCACAGAGGACAAAUUCAUCCAAGCAACCAAAACAAGGAAAUUAAGUCCUAUUCAGGAGCAGAGUCCAGAGCAUUCGAAGAUCCUGAUGAAUGCAGAGUCUCUGUCAUCGGGUACCAUAUUUCCAAAUGUACCCCAAAUAUCUGAAGUGACAGCCGAGGUGGAUGAAACUGGAAAGCAAUUGGCUGCUUGUAAACUAUCAGACACCUUACACUGCACUCUACCCACAAGCAUUGAAGAUCCCUGGGGAGUAACCACACAGCCAUUAAACAUAUGCGAGGAGGAAGAUGAGGAGCCGUCACAAAUCCCAGAUCAAUUAAUAAUUGAAAAUGUGUGGGAAAACAAACUGAUUGAUCGCCUUUUAUCAGAACUGCCUAAACCUCUUAGUUCUUUCCCUAACUAUUUCCAAUGGCAGAGGAAUCUCCCAUUGAUCAAGAACAAAACAAGUGUGACACUGGGUUCGGAUGUAUAUUGCGUGGAUCGCCUGAUUGGAACGGGAGCCUUUGCUCAGGUUUAUCAAGCAUAUAAGGAGCAAGACUGCAAAGUGAAAGUAAUAUUAAAGGUUCAGAAGCCGGCAAAGCCCUGGGAGUUUUACAUAGGAGCUCAGAUAACUGAGCGGAUUAAUCCAGCCCUGAGACAUCUGUUUAUCAGUUUCCACCAUGGCCAUCUCUUCCAGAAUGGAAGUGUCUUGGUUGGAGAUCUAUACACCUGUGGAUCAUUAUUGAAUGCCAUUAACCUCUACAAAAAACUGAGUGAGAAAGUAAUGCCAGUCCCAUUGGUUAUGUAUUUAGCCAUCAACAUCUUGUACAUGGUGGAACAGCUCCAUGAAAUUGGGAUAAUUCACGGAGACAUCAAACCAGAUAACUUUGUACUUGGAGAAAGGUUUCUCAAUAUGGAGGCAUAUAACCUGGACUUUGUAUCUCAUGGUUUGGCGCUAAUUGAUCUCGGACAGAGUGUUGAUAUUUCGCUCUUCCCCAAGGGCACGGCCUUUAUGGGAAAGUGUGAGACCUCAGGAUUCCAGUGCAUUGAAAUGUUGACAAACAAACCCUGGAAUUAUCAGACGGACUACUUUGGUGUGGCAGGUACCAUUUAUUGUAUGUUAUUUGGCAACUACAUGAAAGUGAAGAAUGAGAACGGAGUUUGGAAAACAGACGGCAAUUUCAAAAGAUGUCAACAGGGUCCUCUAUGGAUUGAGUUUUUUGAAACGCUACUGAACAUCCCCAGCUGUCACAGCCCUUCACCCCUCAAAGCACUGAGAGAAAAAUUUGUGAAUAUCUACCUGAGAGACUAUUCCAAAAAGAUAAAGGCCCUGCGCCAAAGAUUGAUCAUCCUUCUCCUAGAAGACAACCGCGCCAGAAAAUGAAACUGUAAUCAUCUUUCCACUUUUAAAAUCUCUGUUUUAAUGCAAUGGAUGAGCUCAUUGGCUUGCUUGAAAACAUAAAAAUUUGUAUUGGAAGAAGGAAUACCGCAAGCGAUGUUCGAUUUAUUU